GUACAUAUGGCAUUUCCCAAUGGAUAAAAUCUUGAAUUCCUCGUGUUUCUGUCUGAACAAAUACAGAACACACAAAACAGCUGCCUUUGUUGAAAGGAUAAUCGAAAAUGUUAGGCCCUCAGUGCUGUGAAAAUCCACCAACCCUCAAUCCAUCAAGUGGAGAAGGAAGUGUGCAAGAAAUUGGAGGCCUAAAAACUUAUGUAAUUGGAUCCCAAAAUUCCAAGGCUGCCAUUCUUCUAAUUUCUGAUGCAUUUGGCUAUGAAGCUCCAAAAUUGAGGAAGAUCGCAGAUAAAGUUGCAGCUUCGGGGUUCUUAGUAGUGGUUCCUGAUUUCUUCUAUGGUGAUCCAGCCAUUAAUCCUGAUUUUGAUCGACAGAUAUGGUUAAAGGCUCAUCCUGUGAAAAGAGGGUGUGAGGAUGCGAAGGAACUAAUUUCUGCCUUAAAAAGCAAAGGCGUAUCUGCCAUAGGAGCUGCUGGUUUUUGUUGGGGAGGGAUGGUUGUGGUGAAAUUGGCGAAAUUUGAUUGCAUUAAGGCUGCAGUUGUGUUACAUCCUGGUCCAAUGACAGACGAUGAAAUAAAUGAGGUGAAUUGUCCGAUUUCUAUAUUGGGAGCUGAGAUCGAUCAUUAUGCUCCACCCGAGCACGUAAAACGCUGGGGACAAAUAUUAUCAGCAAAAACCAAGAUUGAUAGCUAUGUGAAGAUAUUUCCUGGCGUUGCUCAUGGAUGGACAACUCGAUAUAAGGAUGAUGAUGAAUUUGCCAUUAAGAGUGCCCAAGAGUCACACUCAGACAUGCUGAACUGGUUUAUUAAACACAUCAAGUGAAAAAGAAGUUGAAAGGAGCAAACUAUUGGGAUUCUUCAACAAUGGAAGUUACUCUCCACUGUACCUUUGAUGCUUUAAGUAGACGUUGAUGAGAAAUUAAGCGACUAUUGAAGAAUAAAGCUUAUUUGAUGAAGCGUAUUGGACAAUGAAAAUAGUGACAUGCCUAAGGAGCUUGUAGAAGUGCAUGUUUGGCAAAGCUUAAACUAUAAUUUUAGUUCGUCAAACAUAAUUUUUAUCUUCACGA